AUGGCCUCCACGGCUUCUUCGCGUGCCGUCGCUGGCGGCUGCAGCACGUCCGCCAUCACCACCGCCACGGUGAGCGGCUCGCACGUCCUCAGGAUUAACGGCUACUCCGAAUCCAGGGCUUACGGCGUCGGCAGCUACGUCGCCUCCAGCAAGUUCCUGGUCGCAGGCCACAGCUGGUUUCUCAGAUACUACCCCGUUGGUUGUAACGAGGAGACUGGCGAUUGGAUAUCCUUCUUCCUCAUCCACGGCGGUAGGAGCAGCGUCAGGGCACAGUUCAAGUUCAGCUUGCUCGAUCUGGAGGGCAACCAGGUCCACAGCAGGAAUUCCUUCUGCCCGGUUGCCUUCCAUGGCUCUAGAUGUUUCUGGGGUUUCUCAAGCUUCAUCAAAAGAGAAGAUUUCGAGAACUCAAAUUACCUGCGAGACAACAGCUUCAGGGUCGUUUGCGAUAUCACCGUUUUCAACGGCUUCUACAAAGAAGGCACUAUGAUGUUCGUCGACACCGUGCCACCCUCCGACGACUUGCAUAAGGACCUCGGCAGGCUUCUCGCGUCAGGGAAAGGGGUGGACGUGAAGUUGAAGGUGCGUGACAAGCAGUUCCUGGCACACAAGAACGUGCUCGCAGCUCGGUCGUCGGUCUUCAUGGCCGAGCUCUUCGGGCCACUGAAGGAAGGAGAGGCAGAUUCUGUGGAAAUUCAUGGUAUGGAACCUGUGGUGUUCAAGGCGAUGCUCGACUUUAUUUAUACUGACAAUGUACCUAAAGUGCGAACGGGUGAAGAAAUAGCAAUGGCGCAAAAUUUACUUGUUGCGGCGGACAGGUACGACCUGAAGAGGCUGAAGAUGAUUUGCGAGCACAAUCUGUGCAGUCGUAUUACCAAAAAAACAGCCGCGACUACGUUGGUAUUGGCAGAGCAACAUGGUUGCAAUGGUCUGAAGAAGGCUUGCUUCGCCUUCCUUUCGUCCCUCGGUAGUCUGAAGGCGGUUAUGGACACCCAAGGGUAUGAUCAUCUGCGGAGCAGUUGCCCCUCCCUGCAUGACGAACUGGUUGCCAAGUUUGACGUCUCCAAAAGAAACAAGAUUAGGUCAUUUUUGUGUUUCUCUGUUAAGUAG